AUGAUCCUGAGCCUUGAGCAACAUGGUGGCGACGGACAUGUUCUGCCAGGCGAGGUGAGGAUCGAGACAGCUGCUGUUCUCUCUAUACUCUCAAACGCCCUCGUACUGUCCCACGUUGUUGACUACUUGCCCAUCGCCGACACGCUGAAUCUCGCGGCGACUUCCAAGACCCUCCAAGGCCUGGUGUGCCAGACACCACACGUGGUGCGCCGUCUCGACCUCGGCCCGAUCAAGUCCCUCCACGUCGAGUCUCAAGAGCGUCAGCACGUCGACGUGAGAGAGAUAUCAGAGAGAAAUGUUGACUUACAAGUUUACGAGGCCGUUCCGAAGCCCGAGUAUGUCAUGCGCAGAAACAGCCCCUGUGCGCCGUUGAGGGAUGCUUUCAAUGCACUGCGCGGCCGUGACUUAUUGCGCCAUGUCUCCACGCUUGUUCUUGACGGCCUGCCCGUGACGGUGGGCCUGGUACACGACAUCGUGUUUAACUCUUCUAUUCCUAUGCGCAUCUUAUCCUUGCGCCGGGUCAAAAAUCUUGAUGAGAAAAAGCUCUGCACGAUGCUCCGGGCGCUGAUUAGUUCUAGCAGACCUGCAAAUACGCUACAGCUGCAGGGACUGUACAUCUUGGGUGGGAAGAAAACAAAGCUAUUGCCAAUUGAUGAUACUCACGCGUGGUACGCCAGGGAAGGAGUCACCACUCUAUCACGCCCAAUCGAAGGUGAAUGGGCUUCGACCAUGCUGGCCUGUGCAGGAGUCAUCUCUUUUGACGCGGUCCUAUGUCGAGGCCCAGCGCACCCCAACUCGCCUGCGUACGGGACGAUCAACAUGGCCGCCAACCCUACCGUCGCAGUGCAUUCUAUGAGUGGCUGUGCAAACUGUGGCUCUGCACCCGAAGGCUGGACCGUCUGGGGCGACUUCGCUGGCGCUGGCGCUGAUGACGAGACAUGUCGUUUCCCCUUGCUCGCGCCGCUGCCAGUACAUUCCUCCAGCAUCAGAGCGGCUAAGUGUCCAGAUGGUGCGCAGACAGCAUCCUCACAGGAGGGCUUUGGGGGUGACACGCAGCCAAAACGCUUUAUCGCCCGGUGCGCCCGGUGCGCCCAAAAUCGAUGCUGCCAGACCUGCGGCAGGUGGUGGUGCGAGAACCUUUUCCUUUCUCAGGUCCACCUAAAUCGCGAUUGUUGGGAAUGUGGCAUUCAGUGCCAUUCCUGCAUCAGAGCGAGAGAGCGGACCUGCGCGGUCUGUAAUCUUGGCUAUUGUGGUCUUCACAUUGCUGGAGAUGUGCAGGGUAGGUGUGACUGUAAGUGGUCCGAUGCCCUCCGUCCUCAUCCCGUCCGCUAA